GGGAAGGAAGUAGCGGCGAGCCAGUCGGACUACGAAACAGGGCGGGAACUACAGUUCCCAGCAGGCCGCGGGGACGGGGACGGCCGCUGCGAAGGAGAGCGGGCCGAGCAGCCUUGCGCGCGCGGCGGGGAUGGAACGUUGCUAGAAUUCGCGGGUCUUGCGGCUGGGGCUCGAUUCGCAGGCUGGGAACCGCCGCGCGCCAAAGCGGGAAUCCGAGAGGCACGCAGCUCUGCAAUUAAUGCACGUAUUUAAAACUCCCGAACCUGCGGACGCCAUGCACAGGAAGCACCUCCAGGAGAUUCCGGACCAGAGUAGCAACGUUUCCACCAGCUUCACGUGGGGAUGGGAUUCCAGCAAGACUUCCGAACUAUUGUCAGGCAUGGGAGUCUCAGCCCUGGAGAAGGAGGAGGUGGACAGUGAGAACAUCCCCCAGGAACUGCUCUCAAACCUGAGCCACCCGCAGAGCCCCCCACGGAAACGGCUGAAGAGCAAAGGGAAUGACAAAGACUUUGUGAUUGUUCGCAGGCCUAAACUGAAUAGAGAGAACUUUCCAGGUGUUUCAUGGGACUCCCUUCCAGACGAGCUGCUUUUGGGCAUCUUUUCCUGUCUGUGCCUCCCUGAGCUGCUAAAGGUCUCCGGUGUUUGCAAGAGGUGGUAUCGCCUAGCGUUUGAUGAGUCCCUAUGGCAGACGUUAGACCUCACAGGUAAAAAUCUGAGCCCAGAUGUGAUUGGCCGGUUGCUGUCUCGAGGGGUGAUUGCCUUUCGCUGCCCACGAUCAUUUGUAGAUCAACCAUUGGUGGAACAUUUCAGCCCUUUUCGUGUUCAGCAUAUGGACCUGUCAAACUCAGUCAUGGAUGUGUCUAUCCUCCAUGGCAUUCUGUCUCAGUGCUCCAAGUUACAGAAUCUGAGCCUGGAAGGCCUGCGGCUUUCGGAUCCCAUCGUCAAUAAUCUUGCGCAGAACUCAAACUUAAUCCGCCUAAAUCUUUCUGGGUGUUCUGGAUUCUCUGAAAUGGCCCUGAAGACUUUGCUAAGCAGCUGUUCCAGACUGGAAGAGCUGAACCUCUCUUGGUGUUAUGACUUCACUGAGAAGCAUGUGCAAGUUGCUGUUGCACACGUGUCGGAGACCAUCACCCAGCUGAAUCUCAGUGGCUACCGAAAGAACCUCCAGAAGUCAGAUGUCUCUACUUUAGUUAGAAGAUGCCCCAAUCUUGUCCACCUAGACUUAAGUGAUAGUGUUAUGCUAAAGAAUGACUGCUUUCAGGAAUUUUACCAGCUCAACUACCUCCAACAUCUAUCACUCAGUCGGUGCUAUGAUAUAAUACCUGAAACUUUACUUGAACUUGGAGAAAUUCCCACGCUUAAAACACUACAAGUUUUUGGAAUCGUGCCAGAUGGUACCCUUCAACUGUUAAAGGAAGCCCUUCCUCAUCUACAGAUUAACUGCUCCCAUUUUACUACCAUUGCCAGGCCAACUACUGGCAACAAAAAGAACCAGGAGAUAUGGGGCAUCAGAUGUCGACUGACACUGCAAAAGCCCAGUUGUCUAUGAAGUAUUUAUUGCAGAAUGGUGUCCCUCUUUUUUUGGAACAGGAGAAAAAGGCAGGAACCCAAGUGCUAGAGCAUUCUGCUGGUUUUAGUCUUGGUUUUCCCUUUGCCUUCAUUCUGCAAGUAUAGUAGGGAACCAUAUGAGAGGGAAACUAUGAAGUCUUGCUUGUUUGAAAUGACUGUCAAAGCUUGUGUCAUUGCUUUGUUCUUAAGAGCUAAAGUUCUAGGCCUUAUGAAAUUUUAGGAGAAUAAGUCUGUAAUUUCAAAGAUACUUUAAAGAACGAAAUUUGAGCCACCUCUUCCAAGUGCCCUUAUUAAGUCUGUUCAGAAUCAAUCUUAAAAAUUACCACUGGCAGAGUUUCCAUAGCCUGUGUGGUAUCUUUUAUCUAUUUAACUUUUCAAUAUUGCUUUAUAAGAUAUGACUUGGAAAACAAUAAGCUAUUCUGUAUGUAAGCUAAACAGAAAGUGAAUCAUAGGAUAGUAGAAUUUGAGGCAAUCGCCUCUGGGGAUAAGGAAAAAAAUACAUUUUAGUUUUGCCUUUAAGUUGAAAAUUAGGUGAAGAGAAAUAAAUAGGCACAUGUAAUUUACCUUAAAAUCUAAAUAAAAAACAAGAGAACAACCAGAGGUAUAGAAUUUAUAUAGGAUUUGAAGGUUCAAGAGAUAAUUUCUUAUGUCAGGUUAAUUUGAAAUAUACUUUCAUGUUCAUUAAGGUACUGUACUCCCAGAAUUCUAAAUUAUGUGAAAAAUAAUUAUGUUUUUCUAACUUCAUAAUUGAAUUAUGUCACAUGGGUUCUUUGACUUUUAAAAUGACUUGCUUUGUUUUAGAAAGAUUGUAUUAACGCAGUCUCUAUUCUUGAAGAGUUGCAUGGAAGAAUACUGAAGUAGCCUGCUGUUUUUCUUUAGUGCUGAGAUUCUUGAGGUUAUUUUUAUAUUAUUCUAGAAUCAG